CAUUUUAGUCAUGGACAUGAGUCACUCGAGAUUUUGCUGGCCCGUUCACAGAAAAAACUUCAAGAGCUUUGUUCGGCUCGCCGGAAAAAUCUUCGCCGACGACUUCUCUGGCGAAUUCCCGGAUGUGUGCUACCUUGCGCCUUAUGCGCAUCAAUUUUAAGGUAGGUCAUUUCCCCCUGUUUCGGACAUCAUUGUACACUUCACAAUUGUUAGUCUUACACUCCCUCACUCCACCCCACAAAACCAUAAACCCUAAAGUUUCCAGGUUUUCUACUGAUAGCUCAUAUUGUAGUUCAAAAUCAUUAGUGUUUGUAAAAGGGUAUGAUUUUCUUGAGCAAUUUACCCCUUUUAAAAAUUUAGCAAAAUCUUGUACUUACACUGUCAUUACCUCAAAUGAGAAGCGUAAAAUUAUUGUGGGGUUGUCAAGAAUGAUAAAAGAUGAAAACGGUUGGCUUUUGGAAGCAUUUUCAAGAGAUUUUUGCCCAUCAUUUUUGGUAAAAAUUAUGAAGUUGUUUGAUGAUAGAGAAGUCGCAUUUGCAUUUUUUAAGUACGUUCUUCAAGAUUAUUCUGAGAAUACUCUGAAGUCAUGUUGUAUUAGUGCGCAUGUUUUGGCUGCUGAGGAGUUGAGGCUAUUGGCACAGGAUAUGCUUUCUUGGAUCAUUAGGAAGGUUGGAAAAUGUAGGAGUGAUGAAGUGGUGGAGUUCAUGUGGAGGGAGCAUUAUAAGUAUGAGAGUGAAUUUUCUGUUCUUGAUUCAUUAAUGCGGGCUUUUUUAACCGCAGAAAUGGUUUCGGGUGCAUUAGAGAUUUGGAGUAAGAUGAGAGACAAUGGGUUGAGGCCGAGUUCAUCUGCUGUCUGCAUCCUAUUUAAGUUGUUGCUUAGGAUCGGUGAUUAUGGUAGUGUCUGGAAGUUAUUUCGGGACAUGUUGCAAAAAGGGCCUCGUCCUACUGACGCUCUCUUUAAUGCAAUGAUUCUUGGAUAUUGUAGAAAAGGUAGGCUUCAGACAGGAGAAAGUUUGUUUCAUCUGAUGCGGAAGUUUGGAUGUGAGCCAGAUGUUUUUACAUAUAAUAUUUUGAUCAAUGCUUACUGUACCAGGGGAUGGACUUCAGAUGCAUUGGAAUGGGUGCAUAUGAUGGUCGAACAUGGAUGUCAUCCUAGUAUCUCUACCUUUACUACAGUUAUCAGUGCUCUAUGUAAGGAAGGGAAUGUGGUGGAAGCCAGAAAAUUGUUUGAUGGAAUGCAAGAUGUGGGUGUCUUUCCUAGCACUGUCACGUAUAACGCUCUGAUGGAUGGCUAUGUCAAAGCUCGGGAUAUUUUUCAAGCAAGUAUGCUAUAUGAAGAAAUGAAAAGGAAGGGUGUAGCUCCAGAUGCUAUAACUUUUAACAUUUUGGUGGCAGGUCACUAUAAGUAUGGUAGGGAAGAGGACGGUGACCGGUUAUUAUGGGAUCUAACAGUGGGGGGACUUUCUUCAGAUUAUUUAUCAUCUGAUGUAUCUAUUGCAGGGUUGUGUUGGGUAGGAAGGUUAAAUGAGGCUGUGACAUUGUUGGAUAAUCUGCUAGAAAAGGGGAUACCUGUUAGUGUAAUAGCUUUUAAUUCCAUUAUUGCUGCAUACAGCAAAGAAGGGUUAGAAGAAAAGGCAUUUGAAGUCUAUAAUAUUAUGGUUCAAUUUGGUCAGUCUCCUUCAGCUUUGACAUGUGCUUCUCUGCUCCUCAGCUUGUCAAUGACGGGGAGGCUGCAAGAAGCAAGAGAUUUAAUGGCUAAGAUGAUUACAAUGUCCUUCCCUAUUAACAUAACUGCUUGCACUGUGCUUCUGGAUGGUUAUUUUAAGAAAGGGGAUGUAAUGGGAGCUAGAACAUUGUGGGAAGAGAUGGAAAAGAUGGGAAUCGCACCUGAUGCUGUUGCUUUUUCUGCAUUAAUAGAUGGGCUUGUCAAAGCUGGCUCUGUUGGAGACGCUUAUGAUGCCUUUCUUCAGAUGAUUAGGAAAGGACUUGUACCAAAUAAUUUUGUUUAUAAUUCGCUAAUUACUGGUUUUUGUUAUAGCGGAAAUAUGAAUGAGGCUCAGAAAUUAGAAAGGGACAUGAGGGAAAGGGGUCUUCUCCCAGAUAUCUUUACAAUUAAUACCAUCAUUAAUGGUUUCUGCAAACAGGGAAGGAUGAAACUUGCUACUGAUUGUUUCGUGGAAAUGCAUCGAAGUGGUUUACAGCCUGAUAUUGCUACGUAUAACACCUUGAUCAAUGGAUUCUGUAAGGCAUUCGAUGUGGUUAAUGCAGAUAACUUUAUGACAAGAAUGUAUGCCAGUGGAUGGGAACCUGACAUCACAACCUACAAUAUAAGGAUUCAUAGUUUCUGUAGUACUAGGAGGAUAAAUCAAGCUGUUAUGAUUCUGGAUGAGCUUGUAUCUGCUGGUGUGGUGCCAAAUACUGUUACAUACAACAUUAUGAUGAAUAGUGCUUGCAAUGACAUAUUGGACCGUGCAAUGAUUUUGGCUGCAAAGUUGCUUAAGAUGGCGUUCAUUCCAAAUACUGUUACAGCUAAUUUACUACUUUCUCAUCUAUGGAAGCAGGGACUACCUCAGCGUGCGUUGGUUUGGGGGCAGAAGUUGAGCGAAAUUGGAUUUGAGUUUGACGAAAUAACACAUAAAAUAUUGGACAAAUCUUCUCAUUGUAUACAAGAAAACACAGAUUAUUGUACAGAAACAACAGAGAAGAGUCUUUUUCUAGACUUCCUCAUGUACAUUACCUACGACCACAUACGUAGAAGUAGGGCUUAUAGUGAUAAUAAUGACAGCUCUUUCGAACUAGUUGAAGAUGGACCUUGUGGGUCCUUCAAGUUAGUCAAUAAGGCUACUGUUUAGCAAUCUGAUGAAAGAGCAAGAAACUGAAUGACUACCAGCCCGGAAAUUCUUGUGGAAAUGAAAACAGAAAAACCAACUGAAACAACCAAUGUAGCUUCAGUAAAGUUUUCAAAUGCUGAAGAAGCUUGAAUUUCUUUUAACCGGAGAUGCUUCCCAACAUUGAAGUUGGUAAUUGCGUCAUGAAGCUGCAGUUGCUAUGGCAAGUUGCAAUAUUUAUGAAUGCUGGAAUCUGGACAGGUUUUGUGAGAUGGCUUAUGGGGUCAACUAGAAAUGGUUUGGAGAUCCAAAUUGUGCCCAGAGGACUGCUUGAAAAAGAUUCUGUGAUGACUCCUCUAUCACUCCUCUGUGCACCUGCGGGAGAAGAGACUUAGAUGCUGCUCUAUGUACAGAAUUUCCCUGAAGUUUUCUUGAGUUGAUAAUGAAGGUUAUCGAAAGUAAAUUAUUGCUUGUUCUGGAUGUGCCUAAAGAUUUUAUUCUGAAAAGGAACUAUUAUGAAGAAUGAUAAAAUAUCAAGAGCUGCGUUAUGGGAAACACAGCGACAGCAGUAGAUUUCCGAGGAUCUUGAAUUUGUUAUUGUAAGGUUUUACCAACUGGUAUCAAUCAAAAAAGACCUGGUCCAAACAGCGCGAAAUGAAUGAUUGGGAUUCAUAUGCAGACCCAACUAGCCUGGAAUUUGUUGUUGUUGAUGUUUGUAAACCUCCCAACAAUGAUGGAGCUGGAUGUGCGAAGUGCUUUGUCCAAACUACUGGUGAUCAGUGCCAUUAUGGUCCUUUGAUCUGGAGACUGUUGGAAUGGCUGGACAAAGUUCUUGUUCCUUGUGCAGUAUCAUGGCUAUGCCGAAAAUAGAAGCUGUUCUGGACUUUGGAGGAAGCUGGAAAGUAUAUAGCCCGAGUAGUAUCAGUAAGUCUCCACACAAUAGGUGUGGGUUCGAUCCCCACUACUCUUUUCCCCUUCCCCAGCCCCGACACCCUUAUGUAUUAAAAGAAAAAGAGUCGCAUAAUUGAUCAACAACAGUCCUUGCUUAUUUGUAUGAAGUUAGUUUUUAAUCCU